AUGUCGGCCUCUUCUCGUGCAAACCAGAUCGCGGGCCAUCUCAACUACCCCAAGGGCAUGCUCGCGGGCCAAGUCGCCAUCAUCACCGGCGCCGGCCAGGGCAUCGGCGCAGAAUGCGCGCGCUUGUUCGCAAACGAGGGCGCGAAGGUAGUCGUCGCUGACAUAGACGCCGAAAAAGCCGCCGCCGUCGUCGCCGGCAUCACCGCAACCGGCGGCGCCGCCCUCGCCGUCCCGGGCGACAUCCUCGCGCCCACCUACCCGGAGGAACUCAUCUCGCGCGCCGCCGCCUUCGGCUCCGGCAAGAUCCACAUCCUGGUCAACAACGCGGGCUACACGUGGGACGGCGUGAUCCACAAGAUGACGGACAAGCAGUGGCACACGAUCGUGGACCUGCACGCGACGGCGCCGUUCAAGCUGAUCCGCGCCGCGGCGCCGUAUUUUCGCGUCAAGGACGGCGAGCCCCGGAGCGUCGUCAUGGUGUCGAGCACGAGCGGGCUGAACGGGAAUGCGGGGCAGGUGAACUACGCGCUGGCGAAGGCGGGGGUUGCGGGGGUUGCGAAGACGGUGGCUAAGGAAUGGGGCCCUAGUUUCGGCGUCCGCGCCAACACGGUCGCGUUCGGACACAUUGCGACGCGGCUGACGGCGGCCAAGGAGGAGGGCGCGUUCGUGCAGCUGCCGGACGGCGAGAAGGUGGCGCUGGGGAUUCCGCAGAAGCAGAAGGAGGCCGGCCAGGAGCACGCGGAUAUUCCGCUGCGCAGGCCGGGGACGGCGACGGAGGCGGCGAGCGUGGUGCUGGCGGUGGCGAGUCCGUUGUUCAGCUAUGUGAAUGGCGAGACGAUUCGGGUGACGGGGGGGAGGGGGAUGUGA